AUGAAGGUAAUAUCGGUGGGUUUCAUAAUAUACGAGGCACAGAAUUUAAAGGUUGAGGAUAAAGAAUUAUUGGAUCCGCUAGUAGUUGUUCGAUGUUGCAAUAAUGAAUACAUAACAAAAAAAAAAAAAAAAAAAUACAAUGCAGUAAAUUGGGAAGAAAGCCAUGUUUGGAAUAGAAUCGUUUUAUCGGAAAUUGAAUGGAAUGUUGCAAAAAUCGAAUUUGAAGUUCAAAGUGCUAAUACAUUUUGGAGAAAUGAUAUAAUAGGAGUUAUAUCAUUUGAAUUAAAAUUAAUAAGAAAUAAAAAAAAUCAUCAAAUUUAUGGGACAUAUCCAAUAUUAUAUAAAAAUCGAACAGAAAUUCAAGGACAAUUAAGAUUAAAAGUUAUAGUAUGUAAUGAAAAUGACUAUACAUCAUCUGAAAUAUAUAGUAGCUUAGCCCAACACAAUAAUAAUACUAAUGAUAAUAAUAAUUCAGAUAAUGAAAACUUUUAUGAAGAUUUAACAAAAGCGGUUGUGGAAGAAAAUACUAUUGCAUUAAGAGAUUCUAAUUCUCGAUUUUAUUAUUUAUAUAUCAAUAUACAUAAAAUUGAAGAUGUAUAUAUCGAUAUUAGUAAAAAAAAAUCCAGAGAUUUAUAUAUAACUUGUGAAUUUAAUGGAUGCUAUUUAAAGUCAAGUCAAGGAAAUAAUUGUACAAAAUAUACCUUUAAUGAAUGUUUUAAAAUACCUAUUAAUACUCCUAUUUUAGAAGAUACUAUAAUUAUUAAAGUAUGGGAUUGGAAUUUUUUAUCAACUGAUGAAUUAUUAGCUAUUGGGGUUUUAUCAUUUAAUCAAAUUAAAAAUAAAUCUAUUAAUCCCAUGUGGUUAAAUUUAUAUGGGUUUCAUAAAAAUGAACUAAAUUUAGAAAAUUAUUACAACAAUGAAAGUAAUAAUAGCAGUCUUAUUAGGCCUAACGAUUUUAAUCUUGCAUUAGAAGGCAAUGUGUAUCUAGGAAGAAUAUGUAUUAGUGCUUAUGUUGAAAGAUUAAGUAAUUAUGAUAGUCUAAGUAUUCCUAUUGUUCAAAGUUGCUUAGUCUAUGAUGACCCAUUAUAUACUCCAAUUACUUUGUUGUGCGAUGUAUAUGUAGUAACUGGUCUUUUAGCAGAAAAUAUUUAUGUGCAACUAACAUGUGGACCUCAUAAAAAAAAAACAGAUUGCGUAUCAGCAAAUGAAAUUGGUUGGGAUGAUGAUCGAAACAAUGCAACAGAAUCAAAUAGAAAAAAAAAAAUGAGAAAAAAUAAUUCUGGUGAAAGCAUUACAGACGAUGGCACAUUUUUCGAUUUCUUAAAUUUUAACGGUAUUCUAAAUACCGAUAAUUUUUUUAGCACACUUACAGAAAAACAACAAAUUUUAGACAAUAGCGGAAGUACUGAAUUUUAUUUUAGUUCUAGAAAGGGAAAAAUAGAUAAUAUGAAAUUAUGUUCUGUAGAAGAUGAACAACAACAAUGGGAUAUUAUAAUAAAUGUUUAUGAAAAAAACAAAAAGAAAAAUAACGAUGCUAAUAUUUUUAAUAAUUUUAUGUACUCCGGAGGAAAUAAUAUGAUCACUGACAAAUAUAAUUAUGAUGAUAAACAAAAUAAAGAAUCCAAAUUAACAGAUUAUCAAAAAUAUAAAUUGAAAAAAAGGGAAGAAAAUUAUGAUCAGCGAAAACAUGACGAAGAAGAUGAAGAAAAUGAAAUAGGAAUAAAACAAAAUAAUGAUAGACGAAUAGCAUACUAUAGAAUGCCUCUAAAAAAUGUUCUUUUACACAAUGAGAAAAUAUCACGGUGCCCCAUAUGGUUACCAUUAAAAAAUGUUCCCAAAAAUGCAGAUAGUGGGUCUAAUUGUAUGUAUAAUAUAUUUCAAAAUGGUUCUAUACUUGUUAAUUUAGAAAAAUCAUAUGAUUUACAAUUAGGAUUAAAUAGAAGAAAAAAAUUAGUUCCAGUAAAUUAUGAAUUAAGAUGUUAUAUAUAUGCAUGUAGAAAUAUAAUUUCAAAUUUUAAUGAAUCUCCUAAUACAUUUGUUCAUAUAGCAUGUUCUGGAAAAAUGAAAAUCACGUCUCUAGUUUUAAAUAAUUCUAAUCCCGUAUUUUUACAAUGCUUGAAAUUAAAUAUUACUAUAUUAACUGAUUAUUCUGUUGGUUUACCUACAAUUCCAUUUAUAGUAGUAACAUUAUAUGAAUUUCAUAAUAAUACAUUUUAUUUUAUUGGUAGAUGUUUUUGUAAUUAUGAUAUUUAUCUUAAAGACAAUCAAAAAAAGUGUAACUUCACCAAUAGAUCCUCCAAGUAUAAUAUGGUUGAACAAAUACAACCCAGAUGGAUUAAGUUGAAAGGAAAUAAACAUGCGAAGGCCAUGUAUCCAAAUAUGUUGUGGCAACAAAGUGGGAGCUAUAAACGCAUCAUGCAAGAAUAUAUGUUUGAAAAACAAAAAGAUUUUUAUACAUCUAAUGCUAAUAUAGGGGGGGAUAUGACCAAUGACAGCUCAACUAAUAAAAUAAGCAGUCAAAGGAGGCAACCACAUAAUGAUUUUCUUCAUGGGGAACGUGUUGGAGAUAUAUUGCUUUACUUUGAAUUAGUAAAAGAAAAAGAUGCAAUGAAAAUACCAAUAUAUCCUAUGAUAACAGAGAUAAAAAAAUGUACCUUGUCCUUUUUUUGUAUGUCAUUAGAAAAUUUAGUAUUAACGAAAACUUCUAAAAAAAAUGAACAAAUAAUUUCUAGUGAUUAUAGAAAAAAUAGCAUAACUCAUCCUAUUAUUGUAUUAUCAAUUACUUCGUACUCAUCUUAUGGAAAGAAAAAAAAUGAAUUAUUAAUUAAAUAUGCAAAAUCAUUAAAAACAAACACAAGAAUUCAAUUAAAAAAUUGGAAGAAUGCUUUUAAUCAGCAAAGUUUUGAAAUGUUUGCUAUUGAAAAUUUUGAUAUCGAUGUGCCACUAGACCCAAUAUUUGACCCAACAUUAAACAUAAAAGUUUAUAAUAAAAAAGUGAAAGACAAAUAUUUUAUUGGUGAAACAAAUAUAUCUUUAAUUCCUUAUAUACCAUGGAUUGAAAACUUAGAUGAUGUUCUACAUUAUUUACAAGCAUAUGAGGAUUAUUCAGAAACUAUUAAUAUUAAAAAUAUAGACAAUGCCUUUAAUAUAUAUAAAAAUAAAAAUGCAGCCCUCGUCGUUACUGCUAUUUCUUUAGCAGACUAUGAGCAUACUAUCAGUCUCAAGGCGGAGCUAAAAAAAUAUGAAAAUGAUAAUGAUCAAGACGAUGAUUGGAAUAGCAUACCUCUAUUUAAUGGAAAUUUCAAUGCAAAACCUGGUGACAAAGCUUCCGGAAUGAUUGGAGAUAUGCCUGAUGGCAUGAUUGGUGGUAUGCAUAAUGGUAUGGUUGGUGGGAUGCAUAAUAGUAUGGGUGGAGGUAUGCAUAAUGGUAUGGGUGGAGGCAUGCAUAAUAGUAUGAUUGGAGGUAUGCAUAAUGGUAUGGCUGGGGGUAUGCAUAAUGGUAUGGGUGGAGGCAUGCAUAAUGAUAUGAUUGGAGGUAUGCAUAAUGGUAUGUCUGGGGGUAUGCAUCCUGGCGCUCAUUCCAACUUCCUUGGACAUGAAUAUGACCCAAUGAAUGGUCAUCUUAUCAACAACACAAUGAUGAACAAUUUUCAGAUGAACAUGAUGUAUAAUAAGGAAAACUAUUCUUCAGCAAAUUAUGGAGUUAAUUGCAUUACCGAAUUUGGUGAAAAAGGAUCUAAAAUGGGAAACGGAUUUAAUAAUGGAAGAUACACAACAAACAUGAGUCAUCAUUUUUCUUCUUAUUAUAAUAAAAAAAAUCAACGAAAUAUUUACAAUAUAAUAUAUAAUGAGAGUGUUUACAAAUUGCAUGAUGAUGGAGUACCAGAAAUAAUAAAAGCAAGUUAUAGUGUUAAGAACUAUCCAUAUAUAAAAGUAUUAAGAAAUAAAUUCAUUUUGAAUGUUUAUAUACCUCCUAGAUUUAUUUUAUAUGUAGAAGGAGAUAAAAUAAAUUUAGAGAAAUUUGUAAAAAAUACGCAACGAGUUUCGGUCGAUGGAAUAUUGGAAAAUUACCUUGAUGAUAUAUUAAUCCCGUCUAUUCCAUUAAAAAAAAAAUACAAUAAUAAUUUUUUUUUAAAUAGGGGUUACAAUGAGAAUAUAGAAAAUGUUGAUGAAAAUAAUCAGAAUAAAAUAGUCAAAGAAGGAAUAUCUUUUGGAUGUUUUGAGAAUUCUCCUUUUGUUGAAUUAGUGGGAGGUCAAAUUAAAUGUUUUACCAAAAUAAAAUACAGAGAUAUAAUAUCUGAGAAUAUACCAUUAAAAUUAAAAGACAUAAAUAGCCAAAACACAUUUAGAAAUAAAUUUAGAGGAUCUAAUAAAAUUCCAUUAUAUUUAAAAAUAAGAGUAUAUGUACUAAGAGGUAUUGGAAUAAACGGGGUGAAUAGUGAAUGUAGUUGCAACCCAUAUUUAACAUUUUCAUUAGGAGAUAAAACAACUAAUUUAAGAAAUUCAUAUAAAGAAGAUAAUCCAAAUCCAAACUUUUCAUACCUAUGGGAAAGUGAAGCUAUAUUUCCAGAAGAUGAAAUAUUAACUAUAUCUGUUUAUAGUGCUGAAUCGAAUUAUGAUAAACAAAUCAAUGAUAUAUAUAUUGGGUCAACCGAAAUUAAUUUAUUCGAUAGAUGGAUGAGUAAAGAAUGGAGACAUAUGAUGAAAAAAAAUAAAAUACCUAUAGAAUAUAGGCCAUUAUACAAUAAUUAUUUUAAAAAUCAAAACCUCAUUAGAAAUAGUAUCAAUAAUGGUAGUAAUAUGUAUAACAAAUUAAACAACUGGAAUAAUAUUUUUUCCUUUUUUGACAUUUUUACAAAUUUAGUUAAUUUUAACAUAAUGAAUGGAUAUUCAAAUAAUCCAUAUUACAAUGGUAAUAGUUUUUCUUCAGGCGGUAUAAAUAAUUCUAAGUCUAUUUCAAAUAAUGGGUUACUUGAAAUGUGGGUCGAAAUUAUGGGCUAUGAAGAAGCAGAAAAAAUCCCUAUACAUAAAAUGGAACCACCAAAAAUUUCUGAAGUCGAAAUAAGAAUAAUAAUAUGGAGAUGCAACAUUUUAUUAGAUGGGGGAAAUCCAAAUAAAACAUUUGAUUUGGUUGUUACAUCUGAAUUAGACUGUAUAAAUUAUAAUGGAAAGAACCCAAUUACACAAACAACAGAUGUGCAUUAUAAUUGUAAAGCAGGGGAUGCUAUAUUUAAUUGGAGAAUGGUUUACCCAAAUAUUAGCCACCCAUUAAAUACCUGCUUUUUACAACUAGCUGUUUAUAAUAAUAGUAAUGUUGGUACUAGCCAAUUUUUAGGAGAAGUAAAUUUAGAACUAUCUAAAUAUAUACAUAAAGUAUUACAAGUUGUAAAUAAAUUUGAGCUAGAUGCUGAACUUAAAUUAAGAAAAAAAAACUUUGGUGACAAUACCAAUGGUGAUAAUAAUUGUAGUGGAACUAUACAAGUAACUGUUCAAUUUAUCCCUCAAAGCAAAGCAAAUAUAAAACCGUCUGGAUUAGGACGAAGUGAACCAAAUAGAAAUCCAUACUUAAGAACCCCUAAAAAUGGAAGAGAUUGGAACGAUUUUGCAAGUGAGGACGCUGAGCUAUGGACCCCUAUGUUUGUUCCCUCAAUUUGCCUUAUUUGA